CUCCGCCACAUCUCCCAGACCGCAGCCAAAAGCCCUCUGUGGCUGCUGCUCUCCAUGCUCUCCAGCAUGUCAGGCCUUCUCCUCCUGGAACCAUGAGCGAGGCCCGGAGGGAUGGCACAAGCAGCCUGCAGCGCAAGAAGCCCCCCUGGCUCAGGCUGGACAUCCCGGCUGUGGUGCCCCUGGCGGCAGAGGAGCCCGGCCUCCUGCAGCCCCUCCGGCGCCAGGUUUACCUGCGGAGUGUGAGUAUGCCGGCCGAGACGGCCCACGUCCCCCCCCUCUACCCCGAGCCUCGGCGGCCUGCGCUGCAGCGGCAGACGUCCAUCACACAGACCAUCCGCAGGGGCACGGCUGACUGGUUUGGAGUGAGCAAGGACAGCGACAGCACCCAGAAGUGGCAGCGCAAGAGCAUCCGCCACUGCAGCCAGCGGUACGGCAGGCUGAAGCCCCAGGUCCUCCGGGAGCUGGACUUGCCCAGCCAGGACAAUGUGUCGCUGGCCAGCACGGAGACCCCACCCCCACUGUAUGUGGGCCCAUGCCAGCUGGGCAUGCAGAAGAUCAUCGACCCUCUGGCCCGGGGCCGGGCCUUCCGCCUGGCGGACGACGCUGCCGAUGGCCCGAGUGUCCCCCACACCCCCAUCACCCCUGGAGCUGCCUCCCUCUGCUCCUUCUCCAGUUCCCGCUCAGGUUUCAACCGGUUUCCUCGGCGGCGCAAGCGCGAGUCCGUGGCCAAGAUGAGCUUCCGGGCAGCGGCGGCACUGGUGAAGGUUGGUGGGGGCCGAGGAUGGAGCCGGGGCGGGGGCAGCUGCCGGGUCCUACGGUGGCCUCCUCGCCCCCAGGGUCGCGCGGUCAGGGAGGGCACCCUGCGCCGGGCCCAGCGUCGCAGCUUCACUCCGGCCAGCUUCCUGGAGGAGGACACGGCAGACUUCCCCGAGGAGCUGGACACAUCCUUCUUUGCCCGGGAAGGUGUCCUUCAUGAGGAGCUGUCCACCUACCCCGAUGAGGUGUUUGAGUCCCCUUCAGAGGCGGCGCUCCAGGACUGGGAGAAAGUCUCGGAGCAGGCAGAACUCACCGGUGGGGCCCUGGGUCGCACUGAGCUUGAGCGGAGCCAUUUGAUGCUGCCCCUGGAGCGAGGCUGGCGGAAGCAGAAAGAGGGUGGCGCCCUGGCCACACAGCCCAGGGUGAGGCUUCGGCAGGAGGUGGUGAGCCCCGCAGGGCCCAGGAGGGGCCAGCGCAUCGCCGUGCCCGUGCACAAGCUCUUCGCCAGGGAGAAGCGGCCCUACGGGCUGGGCAUGGUGGGGCGGCUCACCAACCGCACCUACCGCAAGCGCAUCGACAGCUAUGUCAAGCGCCAGAUCGAGGACAUGGAUGACCACAGGCCCUUCUUCACCUAUUGGCUUACCUUCGUCCACUCACUGGUCACCAUCCUAGCUGUGUGCAUCUACGGCAUUGCGCCGGUGGGCUUCUCGCAGCACGAGACAGUGGACUCGGUGCUCCGGAACCGUGGUGUCUAUGAGAACGUCAAGUACGUGCAGCAGGAGAACUUCUGGAUCGGCCCCAGCUCGGAGGCCCUCAUCCACCUGGGUGCCAAGUUCUCACCCUGCAUGCGCCAGGACCCGCAGGUCCACAGCUUCAUCCACGCGGCCCGGGAGCGGGAGAAGCACUCAGCCUGCUGUGUGCGCAACGACAGGUCUGGCUGCGUGCAGACCUCCGAGGAGGAGUGCUCGUCCACUCUGGCAGUGUGGGUGAAGUGGCCCAUCCAUCCCAGUGCUCCAGACCUUGCUGGCCACAAGAGGCUGUUUGGCUCUGUCUGCCACCAGGACCCCAGGGUGUGUGACGAGCCCUCCUCCGAGGACCCACACGAGUGGCCAGAAGACAUCACCAAGUGGCCGAUUUGCACCAAAAACAGUGCUGGGAACCACACCAACCACCCACACAUGGACUGCGCCAUAACCGGCCGGCCCUGCUGCAUUGGCACCAAGGGCAGGUGUGAGAUCACCUCCCGUGAGUACUGUGACUUCAUGAGGGGGUACUUCCAUGAGGAGGCCACACUCUGCUCUCAGGUCCACUGCAUGGAUGAUGUGUGCGGCCUCCUUCCCUUCCUCAACCCAGAGGUGCCUGAUCAGUUCUACCGCCUGUGGCUCUCUCUCUUCCUGCACGCCGGGGUCCUGCAUUGCUUGGUGUCUGUCUGCUUCCAGAUGACGGUCCUGCGCGACCUGGAGAAGCUGGCAGGCUGGCACCGCAUAGCCAUCAUCUACUUGCUGAGCGGUGUCACCGGAAACCUGGCUAGUGCCAUCUUCCUGCCGUACCGGGCAGAGGUGGGCCCGGCCGGCUCCCAGUUUGGAAUCCUGGCCUGCCUCUUCGUGGAGCUCUUCCAGAGUUGGCAGAUCUUGGCGCGACCGUGGCGUGCCUUCUUUAAGCUGCUGGCUGUGGUGCUCUUCCUCUUCGCUUUUGGGCUGCUGCCUUGGAUCGACAACUUUGCCCACAUCUCAGGCUUCGUCAGCGGCCUCUUCCUUUCCUUUGCCUUCCUGCCGUACAUCAGUUUCGGCAAGUUCGACCUGUACCGAAAGCGCUGCCAAAUCAUCAUCUUUCAAGCAGUGUUCCUGGGCCUGCUGGCUGGCCUGGUGGUCCUCUUCUACUUCUACCCCGUCCGCUGUGAGUGGUGUGAGUUCCUCACCUGCAUCCCCUUCACGGACAAGUUCUGUGAGAAGUAUGAGCUGGACGCUCAGCUCCACUGAGCGGCCACGGGCCCCAGGCCACACCGCUCACCUCACAGAGCAGCCUGCUCUGUGCACUUCCUCAACACAGACCUCUCCCGCCUUGUUCACGUCUGUCCAACCACUUAUAUUGCUGGGCAUUUAUUACAAUAGUUCCCAUGA